AGAUUAAUGCACUUCCACAGUCUGUGGCAAAAACGAAAACAAGAAUUCAGGAAGUGGAAUUAAAUUUCCAUGAAAAAUAAAUUUUCUAAGUGGUAUUGUGAAAAUAAAAUACCUUCGUAUAGCACCUGUGAUAUUGAAUUGCAUUUAAGAGAAAAUGAUACAGCCAGAUUACCCUUCAGCUAUAGGCCUACUGGCUCAUCUGAAUUCCGACGAACUCAAGGAAAUGCUGAACGAUGAUACAAAAUUCGAUUCAGUGCUCAAAGACGUAAAACAGGUAAAGGACUGGGAGACGGAGAAAGAGAUGAUAAUAGCUAGUAACAGAUCUCUAGCAGAAUUCAACCUAAGCAAGGAACCAGAUUUAGAAGAGCUUAAAGCUGAGGUGCAGCAGAAGUCAGAAGCUGGAGAACAGUUGUGCAGUCGUAUUCAGGAGCUGUUGGGCGAAUACAAGUCAAAAUCAGCAGGCAUAUCACCUGACACAACAUUGGCACUACUACAAACAGCUGCAGCAGAAUCAGAAGAACAGUCAGAAAAUGUAGCACAAGAUUUUCUCACGGGAAAAAUUGAUGUAGACAAAUUUCUUGAAGAUUUUGAACCAAUUCGAAAAAAAAUGCAUCUGCAAAAAUUCAAAUCCGAAAAAAUGAGUGAACUUUUAAGAAGUGGCAGUCAAGGUUCUUACGGUAAUGGAUUAGCAAAACCAUAUUUACCAUAUCCAAGCUACGGAAAUCAAGGUGUGCCAAAUAUUCCAUAUCCAGUAGGUCCAUUAAAUAUGCCCAUGCCUGGUAUGUAUGGAAAUCAUUUUUGAAACUAGUCUAUUUUGCAAAUGAGAAAUGGUUUAAAUCAUCAUUCAACGAAACAAGUGUACGUAAUAAAAUAGGAAAAAUAUAAAAUACUUCACACAAAUAUCGGAGCAUCAAGUUGUUAGAUUUUUCAUAUAUAUUUAUGUAUAGGCCUU